CCAAGUUUCUGCCAGGAAUGUGGAAGAAACUGAGCAAUAAUUUGAGUUUCACUUGGGUUUGUAAGUCUGGAAAGCAUUCUUUAAUGUUCCUCAACACUUCGAGGUUCAAUUGGGAACAAAUCGAGCCCCCGGUCCAGGAAUCGUUGGAAAUUCCGAGUUUAUUAUGGAGCCAGAGGGAUGUAUCGCUGUCACGCACGUUCGCCAUCUUUGCUCGUUGGAAAAGAACUGACGUGUCACGUGACAAAAAUGUCAAGCUGAAGCUCCAAUUUCCACUGUUGCCAACUCAAGAAAACUAAACUAGAUAAGAUAUUUCUUUUUGAAGAUUGAUUAUUACACAAUAAGGUUGAUAAUAAAUUUAAAAAAUCAUAAAUUACUUAAAUUAGGUCCUUCGAUUGCCUUAUUACUGAUUAAAAAUCAAUUUUGAUAUAAUUUUCAUUGACCUCUUGCUUAAUUUCAAACAGUUGGUAGACAAUACUUGUCAAAACAUCCCAAAAUGUUUUUGAGGUUAGAAUUUCUUAUUUACUUUGUUAUGAUGAAAACAAAUUAACAAAUAAAAAUUAAACUAACUACAUAUAUACAAUUUCUAAUGUAACACAAUUAAUUCUACAAUGUCAGAGACUGUAGAUACUCUACUGGAUCCCUGCAAGACUUGCAGGACUUGUUUGCAGCUUAAAACAUCCGAGGAACUUGUCCCAUUGUCCCACGACAACUAUUUGAUUUCGUUAAAUCAAAUUGCAAAUAUUCAACUUGCUUUGAUACCCACAUUGCCAACAAAUAUAUGCCAUUCGUGCCUAAACAACUUAAAUGCUGCUUUAAAUUUUGUAAAACAAAUCCACACUUCUGAGGCCUACUUGAAAUCCAUUGAAAACACGGAAAAUUUAACAGUGAUUUAUAAAACAUUUACUGUACUAGACAAUGCUGAGCAAAACAUUAGUGAAAUUAUCACCCAACAAGUUGAUAAUGUUUGGAUGAUUGAGGAGCCCAAUGAAGAAAUCACUGAAUCAACUGUUACAGAGACAAAUGUUAUAAAAUGGGCCGAUAAGCAAACUUUUAAUUGCGAUUUGUGCUCUAAAACCUUUAGAUUUGAAUUCAUCUACAAAAAACAUCUUUUAAAGCAUGGAACCCUUAUGGAAUGUGAAGUGUGUCUUCAGCAAUUUGAAGAUGUUAAUGCUUUUGUAAUGCAUACGAAAAGCACUCAUAGGGAUUACAAGUUAUUUGCUUGUCCUUGUAAACAGCGAUUUUACACUUUGGGCAGUCUUAAGGCUCAUUAUCAAAGACAUACCCCGGAAAAGUCUAAAAAGUUUACUUGCGAUCUUUGUGGGAAAAGGUUUGCAAGGCAUAACUCUUUAACGAUUCAUAGAAGAUCCCACACAAGCAAAACACCAUACACAUGCGAAAUUUGCCACAAGAAACUCUCAGGCUCUCACAGUUUGGGCAACCAUUUGAAAAUUCACAAAGGAGAAAAAAAGCACAACUGUGCAAUUUGUGGAUCCACAUUUAUACAUAGAUUUUCCUUGACUGCCCACAUGCGAAUCCACACUGGUGAAAAACCCUUUGCUUGCAACAUAUGCCACAGCAAAUUCAGCAGCAAUUCUUAUUUGAAAGUUCACAUUAGAACUCACACUUUGGAGAAACCUUACAAGUGCAAAUGGUGCCAGAAACGAUUCACCAGCCGGUGUUCUUUGACUGCGCACGAAAAAGCUCACACUGGCGAGAAAAAGUAUCAGUGCGACUAUUGCGGCUGGAGAUCUGCAAGAUCUGCCGAUUUACAAACUCAUAUAAGGAAACAUACAGGAGAAAAACCUUAUAGUUGCAAUCAGUGCGAUAAAAGCUACAAAACAGCUAGCAAUUUAGCCUACCACAAAAAAACCCAUCUAGGUUUGAAGGAAUUUGUUUGUCCCACUUGUAGCAGGGCUUUUGGGGAUCCCAGAACCCUGAAGAGUCACAUUCGGAUUCACACUGGCGAAACACCUUAUCAGUGUCACGUUUGUGGUGCCAGAUUUAAGCAAUCUGGGCAACUUUCUGGACACCGUAAGAGACAUCUAAAGACGGAAUAGGGAAUAGGACUUGCCUUUAUAUUCAAUGUAAGACUGGGGUAUUUAUUUGCUUUUGUGAUAAUAAUAUGGUACCAAACAAGUAUUUAUAUGACUGAGUUAAGGUUUAGGUAAUUAUACACGGUUAAUGUAGGUAUAUGUAAUAUAAAUUUACCUAU